GUAGCUGUGAGUGUUUGGGAUUGACAUUACUUCAAUCAAUACGUAAACAACAGAAAUUGGCGCGAAAGGUCACAAGAUAAUCAGCAAUCAUGAAUGCUCAUGAAUCAGGUCCAAGUAGAAAGAAAAGAAAACAAAAUGAUUCUUCAAUUUCCAAAAAGGACUUUAAAGAGGCAGGGCCUUCACAUUCCACAAAAGAAAAAUCCAUCAACACUUCAUCCGGCAUUCACUGUGGCCUACCGGGAAAUGAGUACCAAAUUUUGGUUACAAUGUUUGCAAUGUUGCGUGUUUACAACAAGUAUCCACAGAACCAGUUUGAACUAAGGAUGGAACGUACGGAUGCUGGAAAAUUCGACGAUAUUUGGAUCAAAGUGGAGGACGAAGAGCUCUUCGUCCAGGUCAAGUAUGAGUCAGCAAAGUCCAACAUAACGAAAGGUAUGCUGCUGCCUGGGACGAAAACGGGGCGAGAUGAGGGAGCUUUUUCGUUGUACAAGUACGUUGAAUCGUUUAGUGGGCUUAACAAGUGCUGUGUACUGCUAACGAAUAAAUCGAUCAGUAAUAACAUCUCAGGAAUGUUAAGUCCGUUAAAGGGACGUAAUUUAUUUACUAAACUGUUUGGAACUUUAGGGCAACAUUACCGAUUGAAGAAUGACAGCAGUGUGAUAGGAGAUUUAAGUGAUUUUGAAACGAUCAACUCGUUUUGUAAGCAGUUUAUACUUUCCGUUAAUUUUCCCAAUGCAGAAGGCCUUGAACAAAAAAUUCAUCAAGAAAUUGAAGAUUUGGUUGACGAAAAUGUUGAAAUCCUUCAAGAAGAUGCAGAACAUGUGUUUAACAGACUUAGGGCAAAAUUAGUUGAUUUUGUUUGUAAAAAAGAAUCUAGGGGUACUACCAUAUACAAAGCAUGGAUUCAUUCAUUCCUCAAAAUGAUAAACGAAGAUUACAAAUGUAUUACAAAUGCAUAUUACCACGAAUUUAUCGAUAACAUGCAAAACUACUCCCAUGUGAGCAUUGAACAUGAACGAUUGAACCGUUUAAUAAGUUAUUUCUCAGAUUCCCGAAUUGUAUUGUUGGAAUUCAAAAAUACUUAUGUUCUUCGAAUAGUGCAGUCAUAUCAAGUGGUUAAAGAUAAAUUGUUUACGUACCUAUUGUUUAGUAGACUGAAUAACCCUACCACUAAAACCAAGUUUGAGAACGCUUUCAAAUCUAGCGAGAGCAAACGCAGCGACCUGCUGAUCCUGGUCGAUGAUGAAGGUAAUGCAUGCUCUGUGUUUGAUUGGAUACAAAAUGUGCCCAAAUCAUCUACUAAAAUAAUUGUUAUCUCCAGUAAGGCUUCUGAACUCAAAGCAAAAUGUGACGAGCAAAAUUUUCCAGCUGCAAUAGAAACUGAGGAGAUCACACUGGCAGAUUUGAGUGUUGAUUGUAGGGAGAUAUUUCUUAAACAGAAAAUUAUGUUUCAGGGUUUCGAAACAGAGCUAGGAAGCAUGCCGGAGUUGAGCUCUCUCCAGCGGCAAAUUGGCGAAACUCGUUUGGAAAAACUUAUUAAUGGGGUUUUCUUAAAAAUUGGCUCUCCACUGCCAGAUAUUGCUAGCUGCUGUCCCUUUUAUAUUCCAAGGACCUUCACAAUAACAAAUUAUUUCUGUGACGUUCUUGAAUUUCGAAGCAUCAAAAAAUUUGUUUUUGAUACAAGUUGCUUUAAAGUUGAACAUAACCAAGAAGCAGAAAAUGAAUGUAAUCUUAUUGAUAUAAACAAAAUUCAUUCAGGAUUACACACUGUUCAUAUUUUGAAGAGAUCUAAUGAGAACUACAAUUUUCUGUGUAGUGUUCGAAGAUUUUACAGCUUUUUUGGAAACAGACCAUAUUUUGAUUCGAUUAGCUCCAGUUGCACAGAAGAAAAUAUACUUAGGGAUAGACCUUGCGGAUUCGUUGACAAGGUCAAAAUUUUGUCUGGUGAAAUCGGCACUGGAAAAAGUACCACCUGGGUUCAGUUGGUCAAGCUUCUGAAAAAGUCGGAUACUUCGACUUGGGUUGUAUUCAUUAAACUGUCCGAUGGUGUUAUCGAAAAACAGUUGAAAGCAAAACUAAACAAGGAAGUAAAUGAAGAAUUCGUUACGAAUUUGAUGGAGCAAGCUGUUUCCAACGAUUUGUGGGAUUGGGAAUAUCUAAGGACAUGCCUAAAUACCGUCUCCAAUAAAAUAACCGUGUUUCUGGAUGGAUUUGAUGAAAUUUGUCCCCGUUACAAAUCAAUUGUUAUAGAUAUAAUCAACAGACUUUUAGGCAUGUCUGUCCAAAAUAUAUUUGUGAGUACGAGAAUGUACAUGGAGAAUGAAUUGCAAAGAGAGUUUCUCGCUACAGCGUAUCAUCUGCAACCAUUAACAGAAGAUGAACAAAUUUUGCUGAUUAAACACAACUGGUCUGUACAGGGAGAUACGGAAGAAGAUGUAGAUCACAUUUUCCGUCGAAUGGUUUACAAGCUGGAAAGAUUUACGUCCGUCUAUAACUUCUUUAGUCCCUCCGCUUACUUGGGAUCUCCAUUAGCAAUUAAAAUGAUUGGAAAUCUUCCCCGUCAAAGAGUUGAAGAGUUUUUGAUGGAUCAAUACACCAUUUACGACUUGUUCAAAGAUUUUGUGCUGCAGAUUUUUGACAGAUAUUGUGCAGAAAAAGCGGGUCUGGCACCCGAACGGAACACGGCUCAAAACGUUCAAUCGAACAUAAAACAGCUUUUCUACCAUCAAUUCAGCCUUUUUGCCUUCAAAUGGUUAUUCACGACAGAUGAUUUAAACAUCUUUCUGACGGAUGAAGAACGAAGGAUGUUACAAAAACUAUCCGAAAUGCCAAUUGAAGAAACGACAGUUUGUGACCUCAUACUUUAUCCACCACGAUUUAUUCAUCGAUCAUACGCAGAAUACUUCGUAGCAUAUUUAAUUCAUUACAAGUUUGAAAGAACUGACGAUGUAGAGCAAUUUUGGACCACAUUCGGUCGGGUUGUGAAUCUGGAUGGCAAAGAUCUUGUGGGAAUAUUCUUUAUUUACAUGUUGGAAAAGGAAGGUUGUAUACGUUUAGAAGGUUCCAAAGUGAUCGAAGCUUUAAAUUUCAUAACGGCUGAUCCAGCAAGAUUCGUUUGUGAACAUAGGCUACCAAAUUGCUUCAGGAAAUACCUUUCAAGCUAUCCUGCUCAACUUCAUACGUUGGUUGGUAUCGCCACUCAGUACAAUCAACUAGAAAUGAUUAAAAUACUACUUGAGCAUGGAGUUGAUCAGUACGAUCUGUUAAACGAAGCCAUUUUGCGUAAUCGUCAAGAUCUAGUGCAAUAUUUGGUUGCAAAUGGCGAGCGUAUUUUUGAAAGGGAUGGUCUCACUCUUCUGCACAAGGCUGCUAAAGUUGGAAAUAUCAAAAUCGCACUUGAGAUUAUUAGAAAAGGUGCUCAUAUAAAUAGGCUGGAUUCGUCGGGAUAUACUCCAACCAUGUAUGCGUAUAAACAUCGGCAGUUCUACAUGGCGUCCUUCCUGCGCGAGCGUGGAGGAUCUUUUGAUGGAAAACUUGGGCUAUCUUCAAGAUUCGAUGGGGAUAAAUUAGAUUGUUUUGCACCGUAUGAUGGAUUAAGAACUGACAUUCGAGAUUCAUUGUUGCUUUUGUUUACGCAUUUUAUUGAAAAUAAUCAAUGUUCAACCUUCAAAAUUAUAGAGCAGAGAGAGGAUUAUAGGCUUCUUAGAAUUGAUGAAAAAUACAUUAUAUUGGUGAAGGUACUGGAUCUUGGCAGAUGUGUUAACAUUUUUAUUUCACAUCCCCAGUCGCUAGAAAGCGGUUGUUAUAUCGUUUCGGAUGAAUAUUUCAUGGGAGGUACUCAAACAGCCGAUACUCCACUGGAAACAUUUUUCGUUACAGCAUUCUUGUAUUCGAUACGUACACCGAUACUUAAUGUCUAUGAAAAAAAAAUCCAAGCUCAGAUUGCUCAAUAUGUAACAAAAUUCACAUCCAUAAAUAACACAGACGCGAUUAGUUUUGCCAGUAACUUGAAAUUCUUUAAUGUCGGUUUCACACGAUCGAUAUUUCAAAAACAUAUACUCUUGAGACUAAAAAGAACCUUUCCAUUCAGGUGCCCGGAAUACACUUUGGCUAGAAUUCAGUACACGUUAGCCGCAGAACUCAGCGAAGGAACCGAAUGGAAUCGUGAACGUGCAAAUGCCUAUUUUUCGGACCUUUGUCGAGAAGCUCACGAGCUACACUCUACGGAAGCUAGACUGAAGUACAGUAAUUUUCGGUUUAAAAACCCCGUUUCUUCAACAGCAAAGCUGGAAGACUUUUUGCAGUCUUCACAGGCAAAACCAUUGAUUGUUCAUAAUACAAUCGAAGCUGCUACAAUCGUGCAAUAUCUUGGAACUCGUAUUGAUGAUCACAUUCCAGGUUGGAUGAUGCAGCCUGAGGAAGUAAGCAACAUUAUAUCUCAUGAUUCAAAACUAGUAUUUGUGCAUAACUUGGAUUGCCAAACUGAUUUGACACACGAGUGUGAAGAUUGUAGUCGCAAACUUAUGAUUUGUGACCAGUUUUCUAAAAAGAAUGCUCAACUAAAAUUCAUCAUUUCAUUAAAACAUCAUUCACAAUCCACUGUUCGUGAUCUGGACGUGCUUCACGGUGACCACUUAAACGAAAUUUUACAUUAUCCAAUAACAUUCCAAGCCAACCAGAUGACCCUGGGAAUGCUGGCUGAUUCCUUGUUUAAAUACUGCAUUGAAAGUGGCGCUCUCGAGUACAUGGCUCUGAACCUUCCGAUUAGUCUGGGUCAACAGCAUCCAUUGUACUAUGUUUCAUGGGAUUACACAAUCACCAGAUCAGAUUUCAAUCGCGAUGAAUGUCCACCGAGUUUUCAUCAAUCGCUAGGCGAAAUUCUCCAAGAAAAAAUCGCCUUCAUUUCGUCCGACCAUGAAUUGUCCAUUAUGGCUUGUUCCGAAUGUGCCCUUCCGGUGGAGUUUCCUAUGCCAGCAGCUGCAACCUUCCUGGCUUGCGAGUCAAGCUGGUGUCGUAAGGAUAAGUGGGUGAUUGCCUUAGAUGACUUUCCCCAAAUUGCUCAAAAUAGCAGUACAAUUGAUGCACUGCUGAGCUGGAUUCGGUCCAACGACCACGAUACGCUCUCAAGAAGUUGUCUGGAAUUCUGCCUAAGGAAAACACCGAAUGAUGUCGUUUUGAUCCUCGAUGCUCGUGACAAAGUUCUUGAUUUGAGCUUCGAAAAUUUCCUUAGGAAAUUAUCUGACACAGGAGUCUUCUCAGUUAUUGUACACAUUAAAAAUGAUCAGCAGGUACCUAAAACAUCUACGCUUAACUUUAAAUUGUACAAUCUUAAAAAGGUAAACCUUGCUUCUUCGUUUGAAAGGGAACUUCCUCAAGAAGCGCGCAACUGCCAUCACAUGAAAAAGGGUUAUAGAAGCGAAAAGGGAGUACGUGCUUAAAAUGAAAUUUCGAUUCGGAAUCGGUGUCUCUCGGGAAAUACUUUUCUUGAGUCCAAUGAAGGGUUUCAUUCAAAAAUUGAAGCAAAAAAUCCAACCCAUGUUUAUCGGUAAAACUAAAAAGGAAACAAAAACAAUAUGCAUUUGAUAAUUUAGUCAAUAGAAUUACACGACAAAGUAAAACUCAUGUCUUGUGAAUUCCGAUAUCUCUUUGGUUCUUCUGAGAAAAAGCUUCCCCGAGUCCAAUAUAAUCGACAAAAUUAAUGUUAUGGUAACGCAGACAUAGCAGAAUCAGUUUAAAAUCAAAAUAUUUAAACAAUAAACCAUGCGUCUCCUCCAAAUUAUAUGACCCGUCUACAAUUGCAUGAGAGAGGUUAUGGUUCAGUGAUGAUCAUUCAUUUAUUUACUGCAGUUUUGAAUGUCCAGUGUUAUUGUUAUGGAA